AUGUGGAAGGCAGCACUCUUGACCCUGUGUCUCUUGGUGGCAUUGGUGGACAGGGUGCGGCCCAAUGAAGGCCAUUCCUCUUUCUAUGGAAUGAAGCUGUGUGGAAGAGAGUUUAUACGAGCUGUCAUUUUUACCUGUGGGGGCUCUCGCUGGAGGAGAAGCAUUGGAAAUUCAGAUCUUAUUGGAGCUGAGGUUUUUGAACAAUGGAAUGCGAAGCCUAUCCCUGAAAUAGCCAGUGAGCAGGAUCCUGUGCAAUCCGAUGUAUGGAAGGGUCAAAAAUUCGAUGUAGCCGCUGGAUUCAGCCGCUCGGUUCGCUCGCCAAUCUCAGAGGAGAUUCUGGAGGCUCUUCGAAGUGCAGAUAGGAAAGGACGGGAUGUAGUGGUGGGACUGUCCAAUGCCUGCUGCAAGUGGGGCUGCAGUAAGAGUGAAAUCAGCUCUUUGUGCUAA